AUGUAUGAACUGAAGAUGCUGCACAACACAGCUUAUGACAUUCUACAAUUGAUGUGUGACAAAACUUCACGGCUGCCCAAGUACGGGGAUUGGACGACUGCAGUAGUGAUAGCACUCUUUUACGCGGUUAGCUAUGGGAACCGGGAAUUCGUGAUCGAGAUCGUCAGACACAACCCGGAGCUCAUAUGGUUUGGUCCUGAUGGGAGGAAUAUCUUCAUGAUGGCUGUGGAGUUCCGAAAAGAGAGGAUCUUCGAGCUGUUCUUCGGCUUAGAUGAUAGGAAACACGAUUUGAUUAAUGAUUUGGACAACAAAAAAAACAGGAUUCUUCACUUCGCAGGAGGCAUCUCCCCGCCUGAAGAACUCUCCCGGGUAGCUGGUGCAGCUCUCAAGAUGCAACGAGAGAUCCAAUGGUUUAAGGAAAUAGAGAGCCUAGUCCGAGAAAAGAAUAGAUGGAGGCUUAACGAGGAGAAGCUUACAGGACGUCAAGUAUUCGAAAGAGAUCACAAAGAGCUGCGAGCGGAAGCCGAGAAAUGGAUGAAAGACACUGCCACAGCGUGUAGCCUAGUGGCCGGUCUCCUUGCAACGAUCACAUUUCAAGCCAUUUUCACCUCUCCCGGAGGCACUGAGGGCGACGACGGCGUCCCGUUUCGUAUCAGAGACGCCCGUUUCAUCGUGUUCGUGAUGGCCGAUGUUCUGUCCUUCUUCAGCGCUUCCACCUCGCUCGUCGUGUUCCUCGUCAUCCUGACUUCGAGAUUCUCUUCCGACGACUUCCACAAGUCGCUCCCGAGAAAGCUGAUACUGGGGCUCCUCACCUUGUUCAUCUCCAUCGCGACCAUGCUGGCGGCUUUCUCGGCUGCCCUUUUAACGAUCGUCAGCAAAGCUCCGUCGAUCGUCGUCCCGGUGAUGCCGUUGGUCGGCGUCCCUGCCUUGCUAUUCAUGCUGAUGCAGUACCCUCUCCUUAAGGAGAUGGUUUCUUCCACCUUUGGGAAAGGGCUUUUCAUCGUCUCUCACUUCCAUUUCCCAUUUUGUGUGUUUUCGGAUUAA